UGACCAGCUUCUGUGGGAUUUGAUGUCACCUUUAGAUCGGUUCAACUGAAGAUGGAAACACUGGAGUCCGAGCUGACGUGUCCAAUCUGCCUGGAAUUGUUUGAGGACCCCCUCCUGCUGCCCUGCGCCCACAGCCUGUGCUUCAACUGCGCCCACCGCAUCCUGGUCUCGCACUGCUCCAGCACCAAGCCUCUCGAGUCCAUCUCCGCCUUCCAGUGCCCCACCUGCCGCUACGUCAUCACGCUCAACCAGCGCGGCCUGGAGGGCCUGAAGCGCAAUGUGACGCUGCAGAACAUCAUCGACCGUUUCCAGAAGGCCUCCGUCAGCGGGCCCAACUCCCCCAACGAGAGUCGCCGGCCGCGACCCUACAGCGCCACGCUCGGCGGGAGCACGAGGGGCAGCCCCGCCAGUAGCGCCAUGUCCCUAGAGCGUGUCGGCUGCCAGUUCUGUGAUCAGGAGCCCCCGCGGGAGGCCGUCAAGACAUGCGUGACGUGCGAGGUGUCGUACUGCGACCGCUGUCUGCGGGCCACGCACCCCAAUAAGAAGCCCUUCACCAGCCAUCGUCUGGUGGAGCCGGUGGCGGACGCUCAGCUGCGUGGGCUGGCCUGCCUGGAGCACGAGAACGAGAAGGUCAACAUGUACUGUGUGGUGGACGACCAGCUGAUCUGCGCUCUCUGCAAGCUGGUGGGACGGCACCGCGAGCAUCAGGUCACCUCGCUUAGCGAUCGCUUCGACAAGCUCAAGGCUUUUCAAGUGAGCCCUGCCAGAGUUUCUGAAGCGGUUAUGGAGGCAUCAAAGACAAGCGCCGCGCAAACCUUGGGGAAUAACUUAACCAAUCUGGUGAAGAGGAACAGUGAGCUGGAGAACCAGAUGGCCAAACUCAUCCAGAUUUGUCAACAGGUGGAGGUGAACACAGCCAUGCAUGAAGCCAAGCUGGUGGAGGAGUGUGAUGAAUUGGUGGAGAUAAUUCGCCAGAGGAAACAGGUCAUUGCUGUCAAGAUCAAAGAGUCCAAGGUGAUGAAGUUGAGGAAGCUGGCCCAGCAGAUUGCGAACUGCAGACAGUGUCUAGAGCGCUCGAGUGCCCUCAUCACACAGGCUGAGCACAGUCUGAAGGAGAACGACCACACCCGCUUCCUCCAGACGGCCAGGAAUGUGGCAGAGAGAGUUGCCAUGGCCACCGCCUCCUCCCAGGUCCUCAUCCCAGACGUCAAUCUGAACGAGGCUUUUGACAAUUUUGCCCUUGAUUUCUCCAGAGAAAAGAAAAUUCUGGAAGGACUGGAUUACUUGACAGCACCCAACCCUCCAUCUAUACGUGAAGAGCUCUGCACGGCCUCGCAUGACACCGUAACAGUGCACUGGACCUCUGAAGAUGAAUUCAGCGUCACCUCCUAUGAGCUUCAGUACACCAUCUACACUGGCCAGACCAACUUCAUCAGUCUGUAUAACUCUGUAGAUAGCUGGAUGAUUGUGCCCAAUAUCAAACAGAAUCACUACACAGUCCACGGCCUGCAGAGCGGCACCCGUUACAUCUUUUUCGUGAAGGCUAUCAACCAGGCAGGCAGCAGAAACAGCGAACCUGCUCGACUCAAAACCAACAGUCAGCCUUUCAAACUGGACCCCAAAACGGCCCAUAAGAAGCUGCGCCUCUCCAAUGACUGUCUGACCAUGGAGAAGGAUGAAAGCUCCCUGAAGAAGAGUCACACUCCGGAGCGCUUUAGCGGAACCGGAUCCUAUGGUGCCGCUGGCAACGUCUUCAUCGACAGUGGCUGCCAUUAUUGGGAGGUUUUACUGGGCGCCUCCACAUGGUACGCUCUUGGAGUGGCUUACAAGUCAGCACCCAAAAACGAAUGGAGCGGCAAAAACUCAUCAUCUUGGGUUUUCUCACGCUGCAACAACAACUUCCUGGUGCGGCACAACAACAAGGAGUCGAUCGUGGAGGCGUCCCUACAGCUGCGCAGGGUCGGGGUGCUGCUGGACUACGACAACAACGCCCUGUCCUUCUACGACGCCAUGAACUCCCAGCACAUAUACACUUUUGACGUUUCCUUCCUGCUUCCAGUGGCUCCCACCUUCAUGAUCUGGAACAAGUCAUUGAUGAUCAUGUCAGGGCUGCCCGUGCCUGACUUCGUGGACUGCAGCGAACAGCAAGAAGGCAUCUGCCGCCAACAGGAUUCACCCUAUGUGUCCGGAGUGAAGAGCUGCCACUGAGGCAUCAGUUAUUCCAGAAGGUUCCCUCACCCUUCUUCUUUUCCUGGUUUUCAUAACUAGG